UAAAGUGAAAAAUAAAGGAGAGAAAGGACGCGGGGGACAACUUUUGGGCGCAUGCAUUCGGCUUUUCCGCGGCUUUCGAAAUUUCAUGUUCCCAUUCCAAUCCCCACCUUGCUUCGCUCCAGCGGAGUAUCCAAAACCUUAAUCAUUUUUCUCUCUCAUUUCCCAAACUCUCUCUUCUCUUCUGUUGAAGAUCGAACAUGGAGGCUUCUCAAUCUCUGCUCCAACGCUAUCGCAGCGAUCGUCAUCAGCUCCUGAGUUUCAUACUCUCGUCAGGUUUGAUAAGGGAGGUCCGGUCCCCCACUGGUCCCACCUCCUCUGUCUCCGACUCUGAUCUCGAACUUCUCAGCGCCGAUUACGUCCUCCAAUGCGCACAAUCCGGUGAGGUGCUUGAUAUCUCCAAAGCAACGAAGAAGUACUAUGAUGAAUCUUCUUACCCUGUAAUGAUACAUUCCCAGUUAGGGAAUUCCUAUUUUUUAAUUUCAGACCCUGAAUCUGCCGGAUCUCCUCCUCGGCGUGUGCCUCCUUUAUUUGAGGUGAACCACACUAGUAGUCAUGCAUCACAUCCAUCCAAUCUGCUGAAUCCUUUGGUUGACCGAAAUGUUGCUGAAUCUGGGGUGAAAUAUGCCUCCACUACAGAGACACCUUCAAAACCUGUGAAAACUGUAACUGUUCCUCCAUUUGGAUUACCUUCCCUGAAUACAGGAUUAUCUGAUGAUGACUUGCGGGAAUCAGCCUAUGAGAUUUUGCUUGCAUCUAUGAUAUUUUCUGGUCUUGAAAUUCAUGCUAUUGAAGAUAAAAGGAAAGAGAAGAGUUCUAAAUUUCUGUCUGGAUUGAAGAGUAAAAGGGAUAGAAAAUGUUUGCAAUCUCAGCUUCCCGGAAGGCAUUCAGAGCUCACUGAUACCAUUCGCGUUCAAAUGCAGAUUUCAGAAGCCGUCGAUUUGUGCACCAGGCAAAGGUUGAUGCAGUUUGCUUCAACAAACAUGUAUGAACGAAUUGACAUCCCUCAGAUCUCCUUGGGGCUUUUGAAUGGCAUGGUCAAAUCUGAUUUUCCUAAUGAGAAGUCCCAUGCUCAAUGGAAGAAGAGACAAGUAAAUAUUCUUGAAGAACUGUUAUGUUCUGCAAAUAAUAGAACAACUGAACAGCAAACAAUUGGAAGCUUGCUUACAAAAGUAAAAAAUUCCAAGGAAUGGGACAUCAUAAAGUCCCCUUCUGAACGCGCUGAGGUCCUAUUAGCGAUCAGGGAGUUAGUUUUAGUGUUUUCAUCUGCUCCUGCACGAUUUGGCAUCCAUGGUGAAACUUAUUAUUGGACUGCUGGCUAUCACUUGAACAUUAGGCUUUAUGAGAAGCUACUCUUUGGUUUAUUUGACAUUCUGGAAGAAGGGCAGCUCAUAGAGGAAGUGGAUGAAGUCCUAAAGCUUAUCAAGUUGACCUGGUCUACUUUAGGCAUCAAUCAGAAAAUGCAUAAUGCAUUAUUUGGAUGGGUGCUUUUUCAACAGUUUGUUGCAACAGAUGAGGCUACUCUUCUAGAUUAUGCAAUCCUUGAAGUGCAGAAAGUUUUAUCUGCGGACAAUAAUAAUGAGAAGGAGGAGCGAUAUAUGAACAGCUUAAUGUGUUCCACAGUAUGCAAUGGCAGAGGAAUAAAGUUAUGUUUGGCCCAUGCUUUUUUUUUGUCAAUGAGCACCUGGUGUGACAGUAAACUGCAAGAUUAUCAUCUGCAUUUUUGUCAGAAACCUUACUUCUUCAGAAGUGUAUUGACCUUGGCAUUAGCAGUCGGAAAUUAUACUUUUGAUGAAUGUGGUGAAAUCAAGUUUUCCAAAUCUGAUGCUCUGGAUGCGAUUGCUGAUAGAAAGCUCAGACUAUAUGUGGAAACGUCCAUCAAAGCUGCAUAUUGGCGGGUUGCAAAUACCAUAGAUCUUGAAUCUAAAAUGGAAAGGACACAUCCUUUGGCUCUACUUGCAAAUGAACUAAGAUUGAUUGCUGAGAGGGAGCUCAAUGUAUUUUCCUCAGUGCUACACCAGUGGUAUCCUGAUGCUGGGAUGGUCUCAGCCAUUCUACUGCAUCAAUUUUAUGGUGAAAGACUGAAUCCGUUCCUCAAGGGAGUAUCAUGUCUUACUGAAGAGGUUAGGUUAGUGCUUCCUGCAGCUGAUAUGCUUGAUCAUGACCUGACUCGGCUCUAUUCCUCUGCAUGUGAAGAAAUUGCUUUGCAUUCUCCUUGCAGCUUACAAUUUCAUCAUUAUCAGAUUAGAGAAGUUUCUAGCCCAAUUAUGCUUGACUGGAUAAUUGCUCAGCAUCAGCGUAUCUUGGAAUGGACUGGACGUGUUUUUGAUCUUGAGGAUUGGGAGCCUUUGUCACAUCAGCAAAAGCAAGCAGCUUCAGCAAUUGAAGUUUUUAGGAUCAUAGAGGAAACCGUGGAUCAAUUAUUUGGGUUGAGUCUACCAAUGGAUAUCACACAUUUACAAGCUCUACUGUCUGUAAUUUUCCAUACCUUGGAUAUUUAUUUGCUGAAAGUGGUCAGCCAGAUAGUUGAGAAGCACCAUCUGUGUCCUUCUGUUCCUUCACUGACGCGUUAUGAGGAGACAGUCUUUUCUGUAAUGAAGAAAAAGGUGGUAGGUGGUGUGCUUCUAGAAGAAAAAAUAAAUGAUAAGGUGAAUGCACUAACAACGUCGACCCUGUGCAUCAGAUUGAAUACUCUCCAAUAUAUUCAAAAACAAGUUGACAUACUAGAUGAUGGCAUUAGAAAAUCAUGGGCACUUGUUAGACCAUCUAAAAAUCAAUCACGGUCCAAAGAAAAACCUCUGGAGAUUUUAGAGAGCUCAGACUGUAUGAGUACUGAGUCAGUUGAUGAGCUAUUUGUUGCCACCUUUGGCAGCAUCAAGGAUACUGCUGCUGAUGCUAUUAGAAAAAUAUGCGAUUUCACUGGAGCAAGAAUUGUGUUUUGGGAUUUGAGAGACUCAUUCCUGUUUCAUUUAUAUCGUGGUAGCGUUGAAGGUGCUCGCUUUGAUAGUGUUCUUCCAUAUUUCGAUACGGUCCUCAACCAUAUAUGUGGACACAUUGAUGACAAUCUCAGAGACCUUUUGGUAUCAAGUAUUUGUAGAGCAUCAUUGGAAGGCUAUGUCUGGGUAUUGCUGGAUGGAGGCCCUUCUCGCGCGUUUUCAGUUUCAGAUAUCACAAUGAUGGAAGAUGACCUUAGCAUGUUAAAGGAUUUAUUUGUAGCUGAUGGUGAAGGCCUUCCACGUUCCCUAGUCGAAAAGGAAGCAAGUUUUGCUCAUCAAGUCUUAGACCUGUUUUCCCUUCAGACUGAAUCUGUAAUCCAAAUGUUGAUGAGUGCAAGUGAACACAUUUCAGUUGGACUGGAGUCAUGUAAAGAUGGGCGUAGGUGCUUAGGAGAUGCUCACACCUUAAUACGAGUACUCUGCCACAAGAAAGACAGGGAAGCCUCCAAGUUCUUGAAAAGGCAAUACCAGCUUCCCGCAUCUUCAGAAUAUGGUGAUACUCCAACAGGGGACUCAAAUUCGAAAUCAUCGCUUAUAGCUGAUCACCUAAUGCGAAGCACAUCAUCCCACUGGUCUGCGAAGGGCAGCAGAAGUUUCAGAUCAAUGAAGAAAAAGUUUAAAGAUGGUUCAUUGUCAAUGCGGUUUGUAUAAGCAUAUGUAUGUCUGAGGUAAACAAUUUUUUUUGACAUACUUGAUAACAGCACAAACAAGUGAUUCAUUUGAAAGUAACUGAGUAACCCAAUUUGUAAUUUUUUGUGUAAAAAAAUGCAUGAGAGCUUCCAUUUUCGUAGGCAGUCAAAAAUUCAUAGUGGUCGUCCAUAAAUGGAUCCGACUCCAAGUGACAUAAAAAUUAAAAAUGUUGUAAACUUGCCAGACUACUCUGUAAGAGGAAUGGAAUGCUCCAGCUUUGAGCAAUGAUCAUGGGCUUUUAUAAAACUCGAUCAAGCUUGUUUUUCA